AUGAGUUAUAACGGUCGUGGUGGAAAUAGUUAUGGAUCAUCCAGAGGUUCAUAUGGAAGUAACCGGGGUCAUGGCGGUGGUAAAGAUCGAGAUCGACACGGUGGUAAUAACUUACUUGAUGAUCUUGAUUCAUUUACUGUCGGACCAUUACGUCCUGGCCCAACUGUAAUCAAAAAUUUCUAUACAGAAUCACCAUUAAUUACAAGUCGCCCACAACAUGUAACUGAUCAAUUCUAUGCUCUAAAUGAAAUGACAAUACGUGGCUUUGCACCUAAGCCAAUACUUACAUUUGAUGAAAUUCAAUUUCCUACAUCUAUUCGAAAUGUUAUUCAUCAACUAGGAUAUAUUCGACCAACGCCAAUUCAAUCACAAGCUUGGCCUAUCCUAUUAAGUGGUCAAGAUCUCGUUGGUAUUGCCCAAACAGGUUCCGGCAAAACUUUAUCGUUUAUACUACCAGCAUUGAUUCAUUCUGCUGGUCAAACAAAUGCUCGAUCAGGUGAUCCACUAGUACUAAUUUUAGCACCAACACGUGAAUUGGCACAACAAAUUCAAGGAGUUGGCGCUGAUUUUUGUGCAGCAACUAAUGCACGUAGUACUUGCAUUUAUGGUGGUGCCCCAAAACCACCACAAAAACGUGAAAUACGUUAUGGUCUCGAAGUUUGUAUUGCGACACCGGGUCGUUUAUUGGAUUUUGUACGAGAAAAAACAAUUAAUCUUGAUCGAGUCACAUUUCUUGUUUUGGAUGAAGCUGAUCGAAUGCUUGAUAUGGGCUUUGAACCACAAAUACGUAAAAUUGUUAAAUGCAUCCGACCCGAUCGUCAGACAACUAUGUUCAGUGCAACAUGGCCAAAAGAAGUACAAAAAUUAGCAUCAGAUUUUAUGACGAACUGUGCGCAUAUAACAUUGGGCAAAGCAGUUUUGAAUGCAAAUCAAAAUAUUCAUCAAAUUGUAGAUGUUUGCGAAGAAUAUGAAAAGGAAUCAAAGUUAACGAAAGUUUUAGCAGCUGUCAUGCGUGAUCAAGACUGCAAAGUGAUAAUUUUUGCACAAACGAAAAAGCGUGUAGAUGAUUUCUUCUUCACAAUUAAACGUCUUGGUUAUCCAUGUUUUCCAAUACAUGGAGAUAAACGUCAACAAGAACGUGAUCGGGUCUUACAAGAAUUUCGCAAUCGUUCUCGUGUCAUACUUAUUGCAACUGAUGUCGCUGCUCGUGGUUUAGAUGUCGAAGAUGUACGUAUUGUUAUUAAUCUUGAUUAUCCACCGCAAACAGAAGAUUAUGUUCAUCGCAUUGGUCGUACGGCUCGUUCCGGUGCUAAAGGCACAGCUUAUAGUUUUUUCACGCGUGACAAUGCAAAACAAGCACAAGAAUUAAUACAAUUAUUAAAGGAUUCAAAUCAAGAUGUCAAUGAAAAAUUGUAUGAAAUGAGUAAAACCAGAUAUUUUGGUAGUGGAAAUGGUCGCGGUGGAAGUACCUAUCGAGGAAGUUUCGAUCGAAGAAAUGCUGGACCUGCUCGAACUGGAAAUAAUUUUUCUGCUAAUAAUAACACCCGACAUACUCGUUUCAGUGAAAAACGAUCACACAGUCGUAGUCCAUCGCGCCCAUCACGAUUUGAUAGUAGUUCAACUGGAAAUGAUUUUAAACGUGCUCGAACAGAUAAUGCUCGCCCUUCAACUGAGGAAUCUCUCCGCAAUCCGUAUUCAUCAUCAACGAAUGGUCAUGCACCAAGACCACAUCAAAAAUCUCAACCAAAUGGAAUAACAGUACCAUCUCAUGCUGCAACCACGAUGUCAUCAUCAUCGACAGGUAAUUCCUAUGGUGGGUUUUAUAAUCAAAUGUCAUCCUAUGCACCGCCCAUGUAUCCACCAACUUACCAAAUGUAUGGGCCAUCAUCAACGCAACCACCCUUACCAACAGGUCCACCGCCGUCAUAA